ACAACACACACUCUUGCAAGCCGGACAGCGCAGCCCCUGCCCGGCAGCCCGGAGCGGACACAUCCAGGCUUCCCGGCGCCCGCAGCCCGCUGUGACAGUGGACCUAACACCGCCUUACUUUGUGGACAUGGGAGACAUGGGGGAUCCGCCGAAAAAGAAGCGGCUGGUGUCUCUGUGUGUGGGCUGUGGGAACCAGAUCCAUGACCAGUACAUCCUGCGGGUCUCCCCGGACCUGGAGUGGCACGCCGCCUGUCUCAAAUGUGCCGAGUGCAGUCAGUACCUGGACGAGUCCUGCACGUGCUUCGUCAGGGACGGGAAGACCUACUGCAAACGGGACUACAUCAGGUUAUACGGGAUUAAAUGCGCAAAAUGCAACAUCGGUUUCAGCAAGAACGACUUCGUGAUGAGAGCCCGCUCCAAAGUCUACCAUAUCGAGUGUUUUCGGUGUGUGGCCUGCAGCCGGCAGCUCAUCCCGGGGGACGAGUUCGCCCUGCGGGAGGACGGCCUGUUCUGCCGGGCCGACCACGACGUUGUGGAACGGGCCAGCCUGGGCCCCGGCGACCCGCUCAGCCCGCUGCACCCCGCCAGGCCGCUGCAGAUGGCAGCAGAACCAAUCUCGGCCCGGCAGCCUGCGUUGCGGCCGCACGUUCACAAGCAGCCGGAGAAGACUACCCGGGUCCGGACGGUGCUGAACGAGAAGCAGCUGCACACCCUGCGGACCUGCUACAACGCCAACCCGAGACCCGACGCCCUGAUGAAGGAGCAGUUGGUGGAGAUGACCGGCCUCAGCCCGCGGGUCAUCCGGGUCUGGUUCCAGAACAAGCGCUGCAAGGACAAGAAGAGGAGUCUGCUGAUGAAGCAGCUGCAGCAGCAGCAGCCCAACGACAAGACGAACAUCCAGGGAAUGACGGGCACCCCGAUGGUGGCGGCCAGCCCGGAGCGGCAUGACGGCGGCCUGCAGGCCAACCCGGUGGAGGUCCAGAGCUACCAGCCACCCUGGAAAGUCCUCAGCGACUUCGCCCUGCAGAGCGACAUCGACCAGCCCGCUUUCCAGCAACUGGUGAAUUUCUCGGAGGGAGGACCGGGGUCCAACUCGACAGGCAGCGAAGUAGCGUCGAUGUCGUCCCAGCUUCCAGACACGCCGAACAGCAUGGUAUCCAGCCCCAUCGAGGCCUAAAGGCCGCAUGGACGGACUGAACACACCGCCCUGUUCAUCCCACCCUCCGACUGCACCAAACAACCCCCCUGGUUGUAUUUUUACACUGUGAAGACAAUCAUGGGAUUUAACACCGCCACCCAUACGUCCAUCCAGAAGAAACGGACGGGAUGCUUCAUCAUGACUGGUGCUGCCCGUUCACUUGCCUGGUUACAGUUUUGCCAAAAGAGAAGACAGAAAAAUAUUCGAGUAAACGGACCUCUGAGUAGGAGAGACAUCUGACUCCAAUAUUUGCGAAAUGCUGUGCGCUACGUUUGAAUAUAAAACAAUGACUGGUGAUUCUUUUUUUUUUUUUUUUUUUUUUUAAUUUUAUGAUUCAAUAGCUUGACCAGAGAUGCACCUCAUCAUAUGAUAGACCAUUUGGAGGGGGACAGCAUUGCUUUUUUCUUUUUCUUUUUUUUUUAUUACAUGGUUUCCUUCAUGGCCCAAGUACUAAAGCAUUGCAACAAGGUAUACCUCUAUUUUGCCACAAGCUUCGUGGGACAUUUGUGUGUGAGUUAGUGUCCGUCCAAAAAUAUUUUUUUUUCUUUCCCAAAGAUGUGUAUAAUUCUAAGUUAAAAAAGAAAAAACAGCUAGCUCUGGAAGAAAAAAAUGUUUCGUUUGUUCCUGUGCAACAAAAAUUAUUUAUUAUUUAUUGUCGACAGAUUUGCCACCUUUUGUGUAACUUUCUUAACUGAAGUAAAAACAAAAAAGAUUGUA